AUGGCGAGCUGCGGGUCGAAGAUCAGUGAUCCGAGUCGCUGCACGAAGGCAGUGGAGCAGUCUUCAAAGAAAGUCUUCCUCCAGCUGCACUUCCAGGCAAGAAUGGACGAGACCGUCCCGCCUCUGACCACGAAGGAGGCGAAGAACUUUGAAGACCGCUUCCAGGAGCUGGUCGUUGGAGACUCGAAGAGAGUUAUAACGAAGAGCACCAAGUCUGAACAGUAUUCCGGCUGGAAGAACUUGGUGCAGAAUGGCUACAUGGCCAUGAGACCGGUGGUCCCUGAGUCUCUGACGAAGGAGGUCAACAAGCUGAACCAGUCAGGAGCAGCCAGCUGGACAGCGGCCUACGACUCGUCUUUCGUCAAGGUGUCAGUUGCGAAAGGCAAGAGCAAGCUUGGCUUCAUCAUGUCCAAGGAGGAAGAGGAGCAGAUGAAGAACCAUACCCUGAGCAUGGUGCAAGAGGACAUGAAGCAGUUCACCGAGGAGGAACUCAGCAAAGCAGCUUUUUCAGAGGAAUUCGACGUGAGGGAAAACUGGCCUGAGUGCAAGCCCGUCACGACGCAUGUGCGCUACCAGACGUGCAAUAACUGCUGGAGCCACAGUACUGCCUUGAUCACGGAGAGCCGGCUAUGCAUCCAGACCCAUGGCAAGUUUAACGGCCCCCAAGCUUGGUUGAGCCAGUCCUUCAUCGCGGCCUGCAGGACCGAUGGCCACGACUACUGCCUUGGUGGCAGCGGCCUGCUGGGCUUUCGAACGGUCUCGCGGUGGGGAGUUCCCACCGGCGGCCCGGAUUAUCGUGGAAACAUGCAGGCCGGCGUGCAGACCUGCUACCCGCAAGUGCAGCCGCACGACACGCAAGUUCGCUGCCCGGGCGCUUGUUCUCCAUACACCAGGUAUCCGCGGCCGCUGAGUCAAGACCUGUUUUACGUUCAAUACGAGCCGAGGCCGCUACAUCCCGUGGGCUCGCAGGUGCCCUACAUGGUGCAGAAGGCGCUCAUGACGGAGGGCCCAAUCCUAUUGGGAAUGCGAAUCUACCAGGACUUCUACGCAUACCAGUCGGGUAUCUACAAGCCUGUGCGCAAGAGUUGGAACCUCUACAUGGGAGGACAUGCCGUCACAGGCAUGGGCUUUGGGCCCGGUUACAUCCUGGCCAUUAACUCCUGGAGUGAGUCCUGGGGAAUCAGAGGCGCUUUCCACGUGGCACCAGAUGCCAUCGAUUUCGGCUACUUCCUUCCCGGGCGACCCCUCGGCGCCAUGGGUGGCAACCCGUACCCAAUGCCUUUGCCUAACUGGAGAUGA